AACAUCUACAGACAGCUCCACAGGGAAAUAUAACUAAUGCUGAAACUACUUUAACAGCUUUACUGGAGUAAUGAUUAAGUGCUAAUGCAGAAAUAUUCAAUCAUAAUAAGAGAAUGAGCUGAUGUUGACAGCAUCUCUAACCAGAGAAAAUCAUGAUAUUAUCCUGAAUUAUUAACUGGAAACAUUAGAUUAAUUCACUGAAUCACUGUCACACCUGUUAACAUUAAAGCUUUUUCUAUUGGUUCACUUUGCACUGCAAAAAUGCUUAUUUUACGGUGUUUUUGUCUUGUUUCUAGUCCAAAAUAUCUACAAAUACUGAAAUCAAGCAUUUUCUAGACAAGCAAAACAGUGUGUUUUCAGAAAUAAUGAGUCAAAGUGAAGUGAGUUUCACCUUAAAACAAGCUAAAGAAUAUCUGCCAGUGAGAUGAGCAGAAUAAUCUUACAUCGAAGGAAAAACCAGAGUAUUUCUCUUCCCCCAUUGGCAGAUUAAUUAGCUUGUUUAAAUGAAAAACCCACUUCUAAAUGAUUAUGUCAGAAAGCAACACUAGAUUUUUGGCUCGUCUAUAAGAUGCUUUAGAUAUUUAAGCUAAGUAAGAACAGCAUUUGUUGCUGUGUUUGAGUAGUGUACUGAAACCCAUGUUCACACAGUAUUUGCCAAAAUCAGAUUAAGAUCUUCAGUGACUCAAAGCUGUUUCACCAGCAGAUGAUGAAUGUGCAGAAAGCUCUCUGCUUAUCUCCAGCAGCAGAGUCCUGCAGUUCCCCAAAACACCACUGACACAACACUAUCAGACUCUUUACAGCUUUUACUUCAGCUCUGGGUUAACUUGCUGGGUUAUUGGAGCUAAUAUAAUGACUAUUAUGCAUUUCUGUGAAAAACUCUCUGAUAUGAAGAAGAAUCACUUUGACAUUAAAAGACUCUUUAAGAUUCAGAUUUGUCUGGAGACUCCUGAAUUGUCAUGUGAAAUCUUCCUUCUUCAGCACUGUCCUUCACCAUUUCACACACACAAUCAGACUUAACACUUGCUCUUUGAUGUACUUUAAUAAGUACAGUGAGUGUUUGACAUUAUGAUCUGAAUGAUGAACAUGAUUUCACCUAUAUUUCCAGUGUUGUUGUCAUUAAAGCUUUACUGCAGAGAUGCUCAAAGCAGGGCCUCGGGGCAAAGCUUUACCAUCUGAGAAUGAUGCAGAUGGUUUAGAGAUUGUCCAUUCACAUGUAAUGUAACCCUUUGUUUGUUUGUUUCAUUGUCAAAAGUUACU